AUGGACCUCCCCAGCAGCGCCCCGACUGCCUCGACAUUGUCGUCCCCAGAGCCCAUCAUCACAACGCCUCCCACCUCGAGUCCUAUUCCCGCCAUGUCCUCCUCCCCCGCGAAGCGCAGAAGAAGACGUCGCCUCUUCCGCCCGGAUCAUGGCUCCCUCUACGACCUCAUGUGGGAGCACGCCGGCACCUCUCUCUUCGUCCGCCCCAUCUGCUGGACCGACCUCCACGUCCGCCUCCUCGACGCGAGAUUCAUCGAGAUGCCUCCUUGCGAUACCCCGGUUCCUCCUCAAUCACCCCGCGGCACUCCCGUCUCACCUUCGAGAUGCCACAUGAAGCCCUCUCCUGCCGCUACGUCCUUGAGCCGCGAGCUCACCGCUAUGCUGGCUCCUGGAACAAACAAGUUCUACACCAACUCGAUACGCACCAUCAUGUCCACCCUCUACCCCGGCAGAAUGUCGCGCGUCAAGACCCAGCUCGACCUCCAUCAUUACUUCGGUGGCAUGGUCUACCGCGAUACUUGUCGCGUCCAGGUUGCCUGGGAGGCAACCCCGUCGCGCACUGGCUCCAUCGCCUCGUUCGAGUCGGCCUCAACGCGCCCGGCAGAGUCUUUCGGAGUCCCCACCGGCGCCGACGGUACCGGCAGCGGCGGAAGCAGCCAGCAGGGUACCUACACCCAGCCUAUUUUGGCGUACGUCGGCAAGGCCUCGGUUGCCGCGACAAGGCGGAACAUGUAUCGCGUCAUGCCCGGGCCCAAUCGAUCCUACAACGGACCGGUCGAGCGCCUGCAAAAGCUGCGAUCCAAGAUGUUCGUCCCUCCCAACGCGAACCACGACCCUCUCUUGGUCGGCAUCGUUCUGGCCUUGGCGCAGAGGCGCUUCUACGGCGAGCCCAUGCCUACAGCGAACAAGUGGUUUCCCUCAAAGCCCAUGUCAUUUGGCCUCGGCGAGCCCGAGUUUCACGACGUGACGGUGCACAUCUUGAGCAACGAUAACGAGGCGUCCGAGUUCAUCGUGUACAAGGGUGUCGUGACCGCGGAGCUCCUGCGCAAGUUCCACGAGCCCACCAAGAACCCACGCGUAACGGCAGGCAAGACCCUUGCCGAGAAGAUGGGAGAGGCGGCCGACAAAGGCGGCAUUCGCAUCGAGUACACGAGAGUGCCGAUCUGGCCAAUCUUGGGACUGAAGGAGCGACUCGGCAAGGCUCUCGGCAAGGAGAUUGUGGGACAUUUCGACGAGGACAACAUCGAGACGUGGGAAGAGGAGGCGGAGCCGAACAACGACAAACUGAAGCGACGACGUGAUCGCGAAGCCCUCGCCGAAGUCUUUAACGGUAGCUUCGAGGAAGAGGCACCCGACGCCAGCUCUGAGCAUCGAACCCACUACCCACGCUCUGCCCAAGCCUCCGUCAAUGUUGGUGCUGGAACCGUUCGCGGCCGGACGUUUGGGUCUGUCGAGACCUUCGCAGGUAUUCCCUACGCCAAGCCACCUGUGGGCGCACUGCGAUUGAGACCCCCCACAAGAUUCAACACAUCUCUCGUGGAUUUUGACGCGACUGGCUCUGCUCCUGCCUGCCCUCAAUUUGUAUUGUCCUCGGAUAGCCGCAACAUCAUCCUCGAUGCUCUCGGAUCGCUUCUCACACUUCCAAUAUUUCAGCCCGUUACUGGCCAAGAGGAUUGUCUGACCGUGACAAUCCAACGACCCGCAGGAACGUCAGCAGGUUCCAGACUCCCCGUGUUGUUCUGGAUAUUCGGCGGUGGUUUCGAGUUCGGGUCGACUGUUUCUUACAACGGUGCCAGCUUUGUUCGCGACUCGAUCGAUUUGAAGCAGCCCUUCAUAUUUGUCGGGGUCAAUUAUCGCCUCGGAGGCUUUGGUUUUCUUCCAGGACGCGAAGUUCUCAAGGAUGGCUCUUCCAACCUCGGGCUCUUAGAUCAACGGAUGGCUCUGGAAUGGGUCGCCGACAACAUCGCCGCGUUCGGAGGAGAUCCCGACAAAGUGACCAUUUGGGGCGAAUCAGCUGGAGCCAUCUCUGUGUUCGAUCAGAUGGCUCUAUAUGAUGGGGACAACAGAUACAAAGGACGGCCAUUGUUUCGGGGAGCCAUCAUGAACUCCGGCAGCGUUGUCCCAGCAGACCCGAUCGACUGUCCGAAAGGUCAAUCCAUUUACGAUGACGUGGUUCGAGCUGCUGGUUGUACGGGUUCAACCAAUACCCUGGAGUGUCUUCGUUCCGUCAGUUACGAAACCUUCUUGAAUGCGGCUGCCUCCGUACCGAGCAUCUUGUCAUACGAAUCGCUCGCUCUCGCAUACGUACCAAGACCAGACGGAGUUGCACUGAGAGACAGUCCUGAUAUACUGGCAAGAGACGGUCGGUAUGCGGCAAUCCCUAUGAUUAUAGGAAACCAGGAGGACGAAGGGACGUUGUUUGCCCUCUUUCAACCCGGAGUCGCGACAACUUCCCAACUAGUCGACUACUUGUCCGAAUUUUACUUUCACAACGCGUCUAAAGACCAAUUAACCACCCUUGUCAACGCCUACGACCGCCGGAUCUCGUCGGGGAGUCCGUUUCGCACUGGAAUUUUGAACGAAAUCUGUCCUGGUUUCAAACGCAGAGCCGCCAUUCUGGGAGAUCUCGUAUUCACUCUUGCCAGGCGCUCGUAUUUGGUCGUUGCCAAAUCGAAAUAUCCCUCAGUUCCUGUUUGGUCGUACCUCAACAGUUACAACUACGGUACCCCGCUGGUGGGCACUUUUCACGCUUCAGAUAUCAUCCAAGUCUUUCUCGGGGUCUUGCCUACGUUUGCCCGGCAAAGUACGAGGACGUAUUAUCUCAACUUUCUCUACAAUCAAGAUCCGAAUGUCGGGAUCGGAGGCUACGCUACAUGGCCAGAAUGGAGUCAAGACCAACAGCUCCUCUGGUUCUUCAGCGACCGCACACAGUACUUGAAAGAUGACUUCCGAACGGAUAGCUUCAACUUCAUCUGUGGUAACAUGGCAUCUUUGCACGUUCGAGAUAAUUCAACAUCCUUGCCGCGAUGGGCUUUAUGA